AUGGAUCCCGUCAAGUACAUCUUCAAAAAGAACACUCUCACUGGAAGUAUAGCUCGAUGGCAGGUUCUGUUGUCAGAAUUCGACAUUGUCAACGUCACUCAGAAGGCAACAAAGGGGAGUGCCUUGGUGGAUUAUGUAGCUCAACAACCCAUCAAUGAUUAUCAGUCGAUGCAUCUAGAAUUCCCUGAUGAGGAUAUCAUAACCUUGUUUGAGGAGGAGGUCAAGGAUGAGGAUAAGGAUAAAUGGAUUGCAUGGUUUGAUGAGUACGAGGCAUGUGCUCUUGGGAUCCGAGCAACGAUCGACUUCAGGGUCAAGUUACUCAAGGCUUACAUCAAGAAAUUGAUGGAACUCUUUGAUGACAUACCUUUCCAUCACAUUCCUAGAGAGGAAAACCAGAUGGACGACGCCCUUGUUACUCUAUCGUCCAUGUUCAAAAUGAGCCCUCACAGAGAUUUUCCAUACAUCAAAUUCAGAUGUCAUGGUGAGCCUGCAUAUUGUUGUUUGGUAGAAGAAGAAGAGGAUGGUAAGCCUUGGUACUUCGAUAUCAAACAAUACAUUGAAGCCAAGGAAUACCCGCCUAAGGCCUCUGACAAUGACAAGAGGACGUUACGAAGGUUGGCAGCCGGUUUCCUUUUGAGUGGAAAUAUCUUGUACAAAAGAAACCAUAACAUGGUGUUGCUUCGAUGUGUGGAUGCAAGAGAGGCCGAACAAAUGCUAGUGGAGGUGCAUGAGGGAUCCUUUGGUACACAUGCUAAUGGACAUGCCAUUGCCCGAAAGAUUUUGAGGGUAAGGUAUUACUGGCUCACCAUGGAAAACGAUUGUUUCGUUCAUGUGAGAAAAUGCCAUAAGUGUCAGACCUUCGUUGAUAAUGUUAAUGCUCCACCUGUACCAUUGAAUGUGUUGGUAGCAUCAUGGACUUUCUCAAUGUGGGGCAUAGACAUGAUCGGGGCCAUCGAACCCAAGGCUUCAAACAAGCAUCGCUUCAUUUUUGUCGCCAUUGAUUACUUCACCAAAUGGGUGGAAGCAGCUUCAUAUGCUAGUGUGACUAGAAAUGUGGCAAUGGCUCCGAAGGCCGCCGCAGGGGAGGGAUCUAGUGCGGCCCCGCAAGCGAAGAUUGAGUUGAACGAACACCGUUUCCAAAGCGAGCAGCAUCAGCGCCGUUUCAAAGCGAUUAAGGAUUAG